UUCGAAAGUUGCAUGGAGACCUGGCCUACACCCACCGCAACCUCUUCCGCCGCCUGGAGGAGUUCCCAGCCUUCCCCCGCGCCCAGGUGUUUGCCCCAUUUUCAAGAUGAGGAAACUGAGGCUCAGGAUGAAGGGGCUUGAGCCAGAACUCCAAGCCACAACGUGAUGUUUCUUCUGGACCUGCACUUGUCCAGAAAGAGCAGCCAUGAACCACCUGUGGCUGAGGGGCACCAGAAGUGCGGCUCGUCUGGACUGAGAUGUGUUGCACAGGUCGAAUACACUGAAAAAUCAAUGUAAACUAUCUCAGUAGUUGAUACAUUGAUUAUAUGUUCAAAUGAGACUAUUUUGGAUAUACUGGGUUAAAGAGAAUAUAUAAUUAAAAUUUAAUCUGUUUCUUUUUAUUUUUUUUUAAAUGCAGCUCCUAGAAAAUUGUAAAUUACGUAUGAGGCUCAUAUAUUAUAUUUCUCCUAGACAGGGCUGGUCUGUUACUUGUGUCUCUGGACUCACAGGAGAUGUUCUUUUGUAGCAAGGUGAAAGGUCCUCGCUAGCAAAUUAUGCCAGGCAGUGGGAUAACUCCCCCUGGCAGCACAAUAAAUAGCGCAGAGUUAAAUAACUCUACACGAUGCCUGGAACAGAACAGAGAAGCUGUAAACAUGGGGCUACUUUCUUUGUGACCUUGGGCAAGUCACUUCCCCUCUCUGAGUCUUCCUUUCCUCCCUAAUACAUCGAAACCAUCUGAAAUUAUUUGUUUCUUGUUGGUUGCCUGCUUCCCCCUGUCUAGGAUGUAAUAACCAUGAGGGCAGAGACCUCACUUCACUCUCAUUCCCCUCCUGAACCAACAACAUAGUAGGUGCUCAAUACUCAUCCGGUAAAUGGAUGAAUAGGGAGAUAGGUCGCUCCUUGCGAGACCCUCACCCCAGGCAGAGCCAAGGAAGAUUUCUGAGAGAAUGGGGUGGGGGCCAGUGGGCUGCUCAGAUCCUCUCAGGCAGGACCAGGAAAAGUGGCCUGGAGGCCAGAAGUCCCCGUGGGUCACUGUUGUCUCCUUGUCGCUUGUCCUGGUGGGCGCAGGCCGGUUUGAAGCCUCGGUGAUUGAGGAGCGGCGAAAGGGGGCCGAGGACUUGCUUCGCUUCACUGUGCACAUUCCCGCGCUCAACAACAGCCCCCAGCUCAAGGAGUUCUUCCGGGGUGGGGAGGUGACACGGCCCUCUGAGGUGUCCAGAGACCUGCACAUCCUUCCCCCGCCCCUGAUUCCCACACCACCGCCUGACGAGCCCCGGGCCCAGCCGCAUGAGACUUGGUUGCCCCAGCCGCUUCCUGCAGAGAGAAGGGGCCUUGAGGAGUUGGAGGUGCCAGCAGACCCGCCACCAUCCAGCCCUGCUCAGGAGGCCUUGGAUCUCCUCUUUAAUUGUGGGAGCACCGAGGAGGCAUCCAGUUCCCCUGCCCGAGGCCCCCUCACCGAGGCUGAGCUUGCCCUAUUUGACCCCUUCUCCAAGGAAGAAGGUGCAGGACCCAGUCCUACCCACAUAGGGGAGCUGGCAGCGUUGGAGGCAGAAUCUGGAAGACUGGACCAGGAACCCUGGGAGCCAGGUGGACAAGCAGAGGAAGACGACGAGGAAGGAGAUCCCGCCCCUGCCUAUCUGAGCCAAGCCACAAAACUCAUCACCCAGGCCCUACGGGACGAGAAGGCAGGUGCCUACCCUGCCGCUUUGCAGGGCUACCGGGAUGGCGUGCACAUCCUGCUCCAGGGAGUUCCUGGUGACCCAUCACCUGCCCGCCGAGAGGGUGUGAAGAAGAAGGCGGCCGAGUACCUGAAGCGGGCAGAGGAAAUCCUGCACCUGCAUCUGCCCUAACUCCCACUCCGAGAUGGGAGUGGACCCAUUCCCAGGACUCUGGCUCCAGCACUGCCAGCCACCCUCUUCUCUCCCUGGUGCCUGAUCACCUGGUCCUAUAACUGGCCAUUUCUGUAUGUAACUGGACCAGGAAUGAGAAAAAUAAUGAAUUCUCAGCUCCCUGACCACACCUGCCACCUUGGAAUCAGGGACUCACAUGUCUGAGCCUGCCUGUCUCUAUCUUGAUAUGGGAGGCUGCAGCUCUGGUCCGUAAACCAUCUGUUUAUCCAUCUAGAACCGGGGUCUGCAAACUACUGCCCACAGCUGGAUAUGCCCCACUGCCUUUUUUUUUUAUAAGGCCCAUGAACUAGAAGAGUUUUUACUUUUUUUUAAUAGUUGAAAAAAUCCAAAAUAAUAAUAUUCUGUGACAGGUGAAAAUUAUAAUGAAAUUUAAGUGUCUAAAAAAUAAAAGUUUAUUGGAACACAA